AUGCACUCACCUCGAUUUCAGAUUGAAAAGGGAAGAAAAUCGAAGGAAGAAGAUGAACAGGACGAAACAGCGAAGAACAACGACGCAACAGCCACCAACCACGACCGAGGCUCCAAAACAACGACGAACAGGCCUCAAUCGAUCGACAAUCACCUCAACUCACUUCUCCUCUCAACUUCUGUUCGCUACACGACAAAAACGAGGAAGAGGAAGCGGAUGCGCGACUUUUUAUCCAAGACUCAAGGGUUUCCGACCCAAACCGGACCUAAACCGGAUUUCAAUUGA